GCAGUGGGCUUGAGCUAUUACAAGCUUGCACGUAUUUUAAGUAAUCUCUCAAGACCAUCAUCUGAUCUUGUUACAUUCUAUUGUCAAAAACUCGUGGAAUACUAAAUAUAGGUAGGUGGUCGCAUGGGAAUGAACCCGGGUUUUAACCCAAGGUAAGAUUAACCAUUGCAAAAUCUUGUUUUAGUUCAUUUUCUACAUUUUGCAUCUAAGAAUUGAACUGAUCCAUCACCCAUCCAAAUUUUGAAGCUCCUUUAUCAACUUAUCAACUUUUGGCAAUAACUUUUGUAGUGGAAGCACAUACAUUAUGCACCAAGCACUUGCGUGAACGACCAUCAUGCAUUAUUAGGUUGUAUCUAUAAGAUUGCCCUGGCUUUUGGAUGAACUUGGUAAGCUAUAGGUCUUGAAAACAGAGGUUUCAAUGGGGCAAUUUGUUCCUCACAUAGCUUCUGGUUUUGUAUUCACUCUUCUUGGCCUCUGGCAUACCGUGAAUACAAUCAAAGCCUACAAUCUUGGAUGCGGCUCAAACUUUAAAGUAAAAUUUUGGUACCCUCUCGAUCGGCCCCAUUCCAAUCUCAAGUACUUAGAGCUCAUUCUCGUGUUCUCUUUUUCGGUCCUUGGAAUUUUUGGACAAUUUUGGGACUACCCUUUCGUUCACUUGUCUUUCAAUGUCAUCAACUUUGAGCACGCAACGAUGUUCCUGCACCUUGCAGUAUUUUCGGGGUUUGCCCUCUACAACGAGCUGAACCGUUCGUCGAACUUAUUGUCUGGGGUUGAGGGUGUCUUUGCAGCCUGUGUCUUUAGUCAAGAACUGUUCUUGCUUCAUUUCCACUCGGCUGACCAUAAUGGCAUUGAAGGCCAUUACCAUUGGCUCUUGCAGCUCAUUGUGUUUGCAUCGCUCGGGUCGGUAAUAGUAGCUGCUUGUUGUCCUACCUGCUUUCCAGCAGCCCUUGUUCUUUCGUUAUUGGUUGUUUUGCAAGGGUGUUGGUUCAUGAACAUGGGGUUCAUGCUAUGGGUUUCAAACUUAGUUCCUAAGGGCUGCAGCAUGAGGAUUGUGGAGAACGGUAAAGACGAAAUGAUGCUCGGAGCAGUCAUUUGUGACUCCAAGGAAGCUGAUAUGAGGGCACGAGCGCUCGCUAACCUGCAAUUCAGUUGGAUACUAGCAGGAAUUCUCAUAUUUACUGGAUUUAUAAGCCUCAAAUGUACAAAAUCUGAAACUUGCACCCCAAAGAUCCAGCUAUCGGACUACGAGCAGCUUUGAGAAGCGUGAAAGAUGUCUAGAACGGUCAUGAAUGAGGUGAAUCAAUUGGUCAAAAUGGUCGAGACAAUAUCCUAUAAAGACUAAAAAGGCUGUGAUAUCGCUGUUGUUAAAAUCAUCAAUCAGAAUAAAUACAUCUAUAACUUAUGAAUGUUUUGCAGACUGAAACUUGCUACUGAAGUCGACUUCCAGGAUGAACCCGAUUCUGUAAGAAUCACACAUGAAGAACUGAUCCAAUCCUGCAGAUGCGAGCGUUAUUGAAACACGCUCGAAACCCGAUUCAAUUGGAAUCCCACACGAAUAAAAAGAUCCUUCCCUUUAAGGCCCUACUUUUCAUCUCUUUUACUGUUUGAUAUUCUAGCAUUUAUGGUAUGAAAGAACUUUUCUUACUGAUAUUCUCUGCAUGAUUCCUACAAAGAACACACCGCUGCUGAUACAACACAACACGAAGAAUGUAUUCGAACACGGUCCAUAGUGUUGACUCUCCCAUGUAAAUGGAUUUUAACCUCCCAGAUGAAAGAGGAGGUGAUUUGGGGUGGGAGAAGAACAAAGAACAUACAAAAGAAAGUAUCGGAAGAGAACCCUCUAGAGGGAUCGAGGGUCGACAACCAUUUCACCAGCAGAGCUUCAUUACGUGAACUGAAGCUCCCUAUGGCUAGGCCACCCGACUCCACUAGCUUAACUACUACCUCCCACUUAACAUGAUUAGGAAUCACUACAACGGCAGUAAGAUUCAGAUUA